AUGUUUGGCAAAAUUUUAAUAAGAAAGAAAAUUUUCAAUAUAUUAUAUGCGAGUAUCAGGAGUCAUCAGGUUACAGUGCUUGGAGGUGCAACAGAUGUUGGACAAACGAUUAGCCUGAUGCUACGUUCACAACCUAAUAUUACUAAAUUAGUCAUUCACGACACACUAAAAGAAACACCGGGCGUAACACUAGAUUUGUCGCAUGUGCCUACAAAUGCUGAAGUGAAGGGUUACGUAGGUGAAGAGUAUUUGGAGCCGGCUUUAAUGAAUUCUGAAUUAAUUAUUUGUGCUGCUGGAGUCACACGCACCCCGAGCAUUACCGAAAAUUCAUGUUUUACAACCAACACAGUGUUUAUAAAAUCUUUAGCUAAAGCAAUAGCUCGCCUUGAACCAAUGCCUUUCAUAGGAAUCGUCACGGAGCCUAUCAAUAGUCUCAUACCAAUGACCGCCGAGAUAGUGAGAAAUUACGGAGAAUUGGAUGUGAGAAAACUAUUUGGCAUAAGUACUAUAGAUUUUUUGCGCGCACAAAUACUGUACGCGUCGAUUCAUAAGCUCCAUCCUUCUGACGUAUCCGUGCCUGUCAUAGGGGGCCGUUCAUACAAGACGUGCAUUCCAUUACUAUCUCAGGCCCUUCCGGCUAAAGAUAUGAAUGAGAGAGAAGCACAGACGUUCACUAUGAAACUUCGAAAGGCUGAUCACGAUAUAAUGAAGGCGAAAAACGGUUUAGCACCAGUACUAUCCGUCGCGCACAGCGCAGUUCUAUUUACUCGCAGCGUACUGAACGCUUUAGAUGGCAAUGACGAAGUAGUUCAUGCGUUUGUUGACAAUAACGACUUUGGUACUGAUUAUUUCUCGGGGCUGGUUCAUAUAAACCGGGACGGUGUUAAAGAAAUGCAGAGGUACUCUAAACUAUCUAAUUUUGAAUGUCAGCUUCUAGAGAAUAGUAUAGAAGAAUUGCGUAAGGACGUCCUGCAAGGAAAGAAAAUAUUGGAAUAUGCAUAG